AUGGAUACUAGUGUUUCGAUCGGAGCCACGUUUAUAAUGUUAUUGAGCAUGUCAUUGCAACUCGCCCAUGGAUCAGUUGUUACCAAAACCCUGAUAAGGCCAGGACAAAAAACUUUCUAUGGCUACCUGAAGAAAAUCAGGAUGCGAAUUUACAACAACCUCGGCAAUAACUACACGCUCAGCCUUCACUGUAAAUCCAAAGACAAUGAUCUCGGAGAACAUGAGGUCAACAAUGGGCAUUCGUAUGCAUGGAAAUUCCGAAACAACUUUUGGGGGAGAACAUUGUUUUUCUGUGGUAUGGAUUGGGCCAAGAAUAGUGGUGUGUUUGAUAUUUACGUGGAGAAUAGAGACGCAAGUAGAUGCAGAGACUGCAUUUGGAGAGUGACGGAAGAUGGAGUCAGAGGCUACAACAAAGAAGGCGGAGUUGAACAGAUUUGGUUCAGGUGGCUACCCAAGCCUCCUGCUCAAGAUCCACACUAA